CUGCAGUGUUUGGCUCAGCCGGCCUUGUCCACCCUCGGGGUUGUGGUGAGUAUGCUGGGCAUGCUGAGACGCUCCCAGGCGCGCUUGGCGCUUCGCUCGGCACCGCGGCGUGGAGGCUUCGGGUCGCCAAAGGAUCAUGAGCCUGCCUGGAUUGAGCGGUGGGCAGCCAAUCGGCGCGAGGGCCAGGACAAUAUGGAUUGGUUUUUCCGCGCGUUCAACUCGACCCGCAUAUACGAGACCUUCCUGAAGAGCUCUCCCCGGUUCUACGGCUUCAUUGUUUGGACCAGCAUCAUCGGCGGGUACUGCUGGAGCCGAAUGUGGGAUCACGUGUGGGACCAUAUCAACCAGGGAAAGCUGUAUCGCCACAAUCCCUACGUGUACCCGAUUCCAGAAGAUGACGAGUGA